CCACCCUCCACACGUCCCGCUGCAGGAUGGAGCAGGCAGCUGUGAGAAUCCUGACAAUAUUUCUUGGGAGCAUUCUUCUAUCAUUUACUUUGCUGCUUGCAGAGUGAGCCACAGCCACACUUAUCAAAGCAGCAAGAAGUGGUCAUGAUGUCCACCCGGAGACUAAGAGGUGACCCUAAAACACUGGGGGAUGUCACUGUGGUGACAGAGGAGCUGAGGAAUCUUUACUAUAAAAGACUGUUGCCAAUAGAGAAGUACUAUUCCUUCCAUCACUUCCACUCUCCAAGCUACGAGGAUGCAGACUUUGACAACAAGCCCAUGGUGCUGGUUAUGGGUCAGUACUCAACAGGAAAAACAACUUUUAUCAGAUAUCUAAUCGAACAAGACUUUCUGGGUAGCAGAGUUGGGCCGGAGCCAACCACUGAUUGCUUCACAGUCCUCAUGUACGGAGAGGCGGAGGGAGUCAUACCAGGGAAUGCCCUCACUAUGGAUCCCAAAAAGCCCUUUCGUAACCUUGACCCUUUUGGAAACACUUUUUUAAACAGGUUCCAGUGUGUGCAGAUGCCCAAUCAGGUCCUUGAGAGUAUCAGCAUUAUCGACACACCGGGCAUUUUAACUGCAGCAAGGAAAAAACUAAGCAGGGGCUAUGACUUCCCAGCCGUGCUGCGCUGGUUUGCUGAGCGUGUGGAUCGAAUCAUUCUGCUGUUCGACGCACACAAGCUUGAGUUCUCGGAUGAGCUCACUCGGGCCUUCGGGGCUCUUUUUGGCUACGAGGACAAGUUACGAGUGGUUCUGAACAAGGCGGACAGGGUCGACUCCCAGCAGCUUAUGAGAGUAUAUGGCGCCCUCAUGUGGUCAUUGGGCAAAGUGUUUAGAACUCCUGAGAUUUUGAGAGUUUACGUUGGAUCCUUUUGGUCAGAGCCAAGACAAAUGUGCGACCACUACGAACUGAUAGAGCUGGAGGAGGAGGAUCUCAUGGCCGACAUAAGAAACCUACCACACAAUGCGGCUGUGAGAAAACUGAAUGACUUGGUGAAGAGAGCCCGACUAGUGAGGGCCCAUGCACACAUUAUUAGCUAUUUGAAGCAAGAGAUGCCAGCACUUUUUUGCAAAGAAAGCAAGAAGCACAAUCUGAUCUACCAGCUUCCUGUCAUUUUCACCAAGAUCCAGCAGCAACACCGAGUUCCAGCAGGAGAUUUCCCCGACUGUACCAAGAUGCAGGAGCAACUUCUGGGACAGAAUUUCUCAAAGUUCAAGAAACUAAAACCAAGUCUGAUGGCUUCGCUUGACAAACUCCUUAACAAUGACAUAGCAAAGCUGGUGCCCAUGCUUCAGCAACAAGAACUGAUAAAGAAAUCCCUCCCCGGGGUGCUAGAUGCCGAGUUCCUCGGAACGUUCAGCGGCGAACACUACAAGAGACAUCCCUUCAAAGAAUUCAAAGAUGACGGCGGCAGCGAAUGGGACUUCAAUGAGUGGAUGGUGGCGAGACAUAAGCCAAAGUAUGACGAGAUCUUCUACAACCUCAGCCCAAAUGAGGGCAAACUUAGCGGCGCCAAAGUCAAACAGUGGAUGACGACAACCCUUCUGCCUAAUUCAGUGCUUGCCCAUAUCUGGAGGCUGUCAGAUGUAGAUGGCGAUGGUAUGUUGGACAAUGAGGAAUUUGCUUUGGCUGUCCACCUUAUUGAAGGAAAACUAGAAGGCCAUUGGCUCCCACGUGAGUUGCCGUCUUACCUGCUGCCACCUUCAAAACGACUAAAUAUGACUGGUAAUGACAUCUAGACACGAUAUUGAUACCAAAGAAGUUGAGAAUGUGUGCAUUAUUUCUAUACACUGUUAACCUUAUUCACUUUAAGCCACAGUUCAUUUUAUGUAACAUAUUUGUAAUCAUUGUUUAUGAAUGGUAUUCAGAUUUUUUUUACUUCAUUGCUUCAUAAAACAUCUGCACCAUAAGGUCAAGUUGUUACUCACGCAAAUGGCAGCGUCGACCAUAUAAUCCAGGGGAACAUAGACAAGCUCCGUACACACGAUGGCAGUGGCCAUUGUUUGGACAGUUGCACUUCCUCAUGCAAUGGCUUCCAAAAUAGCCCCUUGGACAGCCUGGGAACAUGAAUGAUAUCAGAGCACGCUUUAGGACACGCAAAGGCCAACAAGAUUGCAGUAAAAAAGUUUUUUAUUUCUAUAUCCUCAUGUGUUCUGUACUGAGGUGUGUGAAUUUGUGUACAAAUACAAACCAUCCUCGCAGAGUAGACCUUUUACCCCAGGGGGGCACAAACACUUCCCAGUCACAGAGUCACAUGUGCCUCCAUUCUUACAUUGGCACAGACUGUUACAGGCGUGCCCAUAAGUCCCCUGCGGACAAGCUGAAGAAGAAUGGCAUAUAGCAAAGGGAGGGUCAUGAAAAACUCCAGUUCUAACAAUAUUUGUUCAUGAUUAAAGA